ACUGUUUGUGUGUUAGAAAUCCUCUGACGUUGGAAUACUAUAUUGGCAGCAAAGUCGACGCAAUAUUAAAGAGAUGUUCGCUAUAAGAGCGUUUCCAUCUCUCUUCAAAUGUGUGUUGUGUUUUGGUUUAAAAAAACCAUUAUUUUUCCAAUCCAAGCUUUGGUCAGACCAGGAUGACAUAACAAGGAUCGAGAUAGCAUAACGAUGAGUUUGGACUCAAUGAAAUGCGCACACACAUCACACCCAAGAAAGAUCGAUUAUUCGAUUAACAGUGACAGAAACAGAAAAUCUGUUUACAAAGAUGUGUGUAACAAACGUGAAGGCGGAUCGGAGAGUGAUUAUCAGAUCUACAAGUUCCUUUUGGUAGGAGAUGCAUCAGUGGGAAAAUCAAGUUUCCUAAACCAAUACAUUGAAGGAAAAGCCCCAUCAACGUUUAUACCAACGAUUGGUAUCGACUUUCGGAACAAGAAACUGUCCUACAAAUAUUCUUACUCAAACGCUCAAGGUUCAGUGGCGGUUGCCUACCACAAAGUCUGUGUCCAGCUGUGGGAUACAGCUGGUAUGGAAAGGUUCCAUUCCUUGACAACGUCCUACUUCAGAGACGCAAAAGGAUUUUUCUUGAUGAUUGAUCUGACCAAUGAAAAUACUUUCGUAAACGCUUUCGCUUGGUUACAAAAAAUGGAAGAAUAUGGUCCCAGAUCUGGCUACGAUGUAAUCAUUGUUGGCAAUAAAAUAGAUCUUGUAGACCGUCGCAAAAUCAGUGCAGAGACUUUACAUAAAUUUGCUGAAAAUCACAGACUGCCAUAUGUUGAAACGAGUGCCAAAACUGGGAUCAACAUCGAAGAAUCUAUCGAUAUGAUGUUACACUUAGCAAUAUUCCGUCAUAGAUUAUCAUUCCAAAAGAAACUAAUCCAUGAAGAGGCAGUUCCUGCAAAACUGAGUCAUAGCACCACUCGACGAAUUAAAUGCAGCUGUAUAUAGAUCAAGUGCUGUAGUUAAGUGAAGCUGGUAACAGAACUUGUCAGCAUAUGUCUUGAGUUUCUCAACAUAUUCCAGCAAUGGUUGCAGUGUUCUCUGUGGGCUCUCCCAGGCUACGACAACAGUACCGCUUCACUGUCACCAUUCUGGUCCUCAUCGUUGCUAUACCUUAUCCUGAGGAGAACUGUGAUUAGACACGGCUCCUCAGAAUUCAACCUACCUCCGAAGGAACUGGACAUCAAGGGUUCAGAACGGGUAAUACACAUCAAUAAAAUAUAUGCAAUUAUUA